AUGUUUUACGACUGUAACAUACCUUAUCCAAAUACAAUUGAUGCAACAGAGUUGCAACGUAUCGAGAAAAUCCUGGACAGGAUUCACUCUUCCACAGUUGACAAGAACAGUACGAUUGCUUUUAACCUCUCUCUUGAAGGGAACCUCCUAGACGUCAAGAAAAUUAACCCUAUAUCACCCAAAAAAUUUCCUUAUAUGAAUCAACUGACAAGAGCUACAUUACUCGUAGAAGAUCCAAAAAAGAAUUAUCAACUUGCAACUAGUUCAGCUUAUCCCAAGAUUGAUAUUUUGGCAGUUCGCCCAACCAAUGCCGAUAUGUGUAAACAUGCCUGUCAAACUCUUGAAGUAGAUUUGAUUUCAUUGGAUUUAUCAAAACCUCGAGUGGUACCUGGCUAUACACCUGCACAAGUAGCUGUGAAUCGAGGCAUCUUUUUUGAAAUAUGCUAUUCUCAAUCAUUUAGAGAUCCCAACAAGAAAUUUCAAUUCUACAAUAAUGUCAAGAGAUUAGUUGAGGUCACACGGGGACACCAUUUGAUCUUUUCAAGUGAAGCCAUGCGAGCCUUAGAAGUCAAAAGACCAGCCGAUCUAAGAAUACUUGGGAGUAUGUUUGGUAUGACACACGAUCAAAUCGAGGCUACUGUGACAGUGAACUAUCCCAGACUAUUAAAGAAGGCUGGUAAUAGGCUCAAUAACAUAAUGAUAAAGACUAAUAUGCCUUAUAGAAACAAGAAAAUUGACCUACAAUGCAGUCAUUAG